AUGGCGGGUGAACGACCGCUCGCCAUGAGCACCGACUCAAAACCGUCGCCGCCGACCAAUGCAAUGGCACCGCCGGGGAGUACCAACGCUCCCAAAGACCAGAUGCCGGGCCAUCCCAGCUUUCGCAGACAACGCGCAUCACGAGCUUGUGAGACAUGCCAUGCUCGAAAGGUCCGUUGCGAUGCGGCCAGUCUCGGGGUGCCAUGCACAAACUGUGUCGCCUUCUCCAUCGAGUGCAAGAUUCCUGCGCCGAAGCGCAAAAAAACCGCUGGAAAGAAAGAGACCGACAGUGAUAAAGCCGAAUCGAUCAAUGGCGACGUUGAGAAAACACCACCUGCGCCACUCUCGGUAUCAAGUAGCGAUGCAGUACCUGCUCGGACUGAGCCCGCGGCUCCUCGCGAUGUCUCAGCUGAGAAGAUUGGAGUCAAUACCACUGCUGGAAUGCCACAAACCGAAGGCUCGGAGCAGUAUUAUUCCCGCCAACAGACCAACAACAGCACAUACGUGCAAUACAUGAAACCGAAAUUUGCCAGAGCACCAAUCAAAGAGGCCGGACGGGUGGCAUACCUUGGAGAAUCUUCCAACCUUUCUUUACUCGUGCAAGACCGUCAUGGGACGACCGAUGUAGUGCACUACCCACUGCCAGAAAACGUGCGCGGUGCUCGCGCGCGCAUUAACGAGCUGGACAAUGUCGAGAUCGACAUCCUGCAUCAACGAGGUGCCUUCUUGCUCCCUCCCCGCGCGCUCUGCGACGAGCUAGUAGAUGCGUAUUUUCAAUGGAUCGCACCAGUAGUACCAGUCAUCAAUCGCAGCAGAUUCAUGCGCCGCUACCGGGACCCAAAGAACCCGCCUUCACUUCUGUUGCUCCAGGCAAUUCUCCUCGCGGGAUCUCGUGUGUGUAACAACCCGCAGCUCAUGGACGCAAACGGCUCGACGACACCGGCAGCCAUGACGUUCUACAAGAGGGCAAAGGCGUUAUACGAUGCCAACUAUGAAGAUGAUAGAGUGACUAUUGUUCAAGCACUGAUACUGAUGGGGUGGUACUGGGAAGGCCCUGAAGACGUUACAAAGAAUGUUUUCUACUGGAGCAGAGUGGCUGUCAUCGUUGCGCAGGGAUCAGGAAUGCAUCGAAGCGUCGAAGGUUCGCAGCUCAGCAAAGCCGACAAACGACUUUGGAAGCGAAUUUGGUGGACCCUCUUCACGCGCGAUCGAUCUGUUGCUGUAGCGCUGGGUCGUCCCGUCUCGAUCAACAUAGAGGACUCCGACGUCGAAAUGGUUUGUGCAGACGACUUCAUUGACGACGAGAUCGACAGACCCUCAGACUAUCCUCCGGACGAAAUCCACGUCCAGUUCUUCCUCAACUACGUCAAGCUUUGCGAAAUCAUGGGGCUGGUACUUUCCCAACAAUACUCGGUCGCCUCAAAGAUGCGGCGCAAUAAUGUGCUAGACCUUACUCACAGCGACAUGGCGCUUGCCGAUUGGCUUCAAAACUGCCCCCCAGAGGUACGGUGGGAGCCGCAGAGACACCACUUCUGGUCUGCGCUGCUUCACUCCAACUACUACACAACACUCUGCCUAUUGCACCGGGCACACAUGCCUCCGGCAGGAUCCCCUGAUUCCAAGCCACUUAACGGCUACCCUGAGGAGACAGCCUACCCGUCACGAACAAUUGCCUACCAAGCUGCAGGGAUGAUAACCUCAAUUAUGGAAGCUUUACAAACUCAUGAUCAGCUUCGGUACACCCCCGCAUUUAUUGUCUACAGCCUCUUCUCCGCACUGAUCAUGCACGUCUACCAAAUGCGGUCUUCCAACCAGUCCAUUGUAUUGGCGACCCAGAAGCGGCUGACGGCGUGCAUGAAUGCAUUGAAGGAUGUAUCGAAGGUUUGGCUCGUCGCAAAGAUGGUGCAUACUCUGUUUGAAUCCAUCCUUGGCAACAAAGUCCUCGAAGAGCGACUCCAGAAAGCAGCAGGCCGUCGUCACCAAAAGGGCAAGCACAGCUUCGUUAAUGGCAAGAACAAGGACGCAGCCACCACCUCUGGCAACGCGGAACCCAGCGAUGCGCACAAGCGGAAAUUUGACGACAUGGAAAUGGGCUAUUCUAACGGGCCACCGGCGCCGCAGAUGUCUUAUGAACGGUCCCGUCCACAGUCCCCUGCCAUGACCCCUUCCCGUGAUUUGCCUGGCCAGAAUGGACAAUCUCAGCAGCUUCCACAGAUUUCUGCCACCAGCCCGCCUGUGAGGCAGACAACCGAUGCUUUCAUGGGCGUAUCGCGUGCAGAUACACGACCGACCACGCCGUUUAACCACUUGGCCUAUCCUGGCACACCACCCGAUUUCUUCUUGCACACACGAGGCUCGCCCAAGAUCUCAGAAGACCUAUGGCAGAAUUAUCAGCCAGAGCAGCUCUUCCCACCUGAACACAAUGCCCUCUUCCCAGUCCAGACCAACAGCCCUCUCGAUCCUGUUCUACGCGGACCUUCAUCACAUCCUCAGCAAGCAUUCCAGCCACCCUCAGUUCAUACGCCUGGUAGUAACAUAUCACACAACCAGCAGCAAAUCCAGCCCAUGAACUAUCAGCAGGAUCCGGCAGCUUGGGCACAGUUGAAUACGAUGCAGCCACAGCAAAAACCAGAAGAUUCAUGGAGCAAUCCGAGUAGCGCUGGAGGACCCAUGGUACCGACUACGCUCAAUGUUGGAGACUGGUUUGAAUUCUUCGGGAUUCCGAAUGGCGGAGACAUGAAUGGGCUCAACGGGGCUGCGAACUUCACCAACAGCAAUUGA